AUGGUGGUGGGGAUGGUUUUGGUGGGAAGGCGGUGGGGACGGUGUUGGCAGGUGAUGGCGCUGUUGGCGGGGAUGUGUGGUGUUGGUGGAAUGGGCGGUGUUGGGGAUAGCGGCUUACUAUGGUUGAAUGUUGAAGAACAUUAUAAACAACUGAACCAUCACAUGGGAUCAAGAACACAUACACUCACAACACCACCACUCUCUGGCUCCGACUUUAAGAUGUGAGUGGUGGUUCAUAUACAAUACAUAUGAAAUGCAAUACGUAUGAAAAAGUUAUAUAAACUGUACUAUGUGC